UGAGCCGCUGCCUCCUCCAGCCACAGCCGAGGAGCCGGAGCCCAGCGCAGAGCUCACCGGGGCGGACACUGGCACCUACUGCCCCCUCUCCCUGAUCCCUGGCACCUCUGCCCCCUCCCCCGCAUUCACUGCUAUUAUGGAUCUAUUCGACUUUUUCCGAGACUGGGAGCUGGAACAGCAGUGUCACUACGAACAAGACCGAAAUGCCCUCAAGAGAAAAGAAUGGGAACGAAGAAAUCAAGAAGUCCAGCAGGAUGAAGACCUUUUUGCCUCUGGAUUUAAUCUGUUCGGGGAGCCAUACAAGACAAAUAAAGGAGAUGCUCUUGCAAACCGUCUCCAGAACACUUUGGGAAACUAUGAUGAAAUGAAAGAUUUGCUAACCAAUCACAACAACCAGAGCCAUCUUGUAGGAAUUCCUAAGAAUUCUGUUCCUCAAACACCAGUUGAAAAAAAUGAACAGAACUUUUUCCCAGAGCAAAGAAAUAGGGUGGCACAGUGCCACCAAAAUAGUAGCCAUUCUUCCUCCUCAAUGCCCCCACCCGCAGGCCUGGGACCAAUUUCUACACUUGGGCAUGAAGGAACUAGAAAAUCAAGAACUGACUGGCCUCCUAGUGGGCAUAAUCCCUCCUGUACUCAGUCAAGUCAAGCCAACAGUCAACCAAGCCGGUCAAAACAUAGUUCUUCACAUGAUCUAUCACAAAUAAGAUAUGAAGACCUUUACAAUUGCCAAAAUGACCAGCACAAAAGUGUAACUGUUGAUGAACAAGCUUCUGCAACAUCUUCUUCUCACUCAAAAAGACAUAAUCACUCAAAGACAUUAAGUGGAGAACACUUAUACAAAGAAAACAGUCAUUCAAAGUCACCAAUUGAUUUAGAUUUUUCGGUGCACGACUCUAUAUCUCCCCUACCGUCUACAUCACUCUUACUGGCAGGCAAUGGGCUUUCCUCUCAAAACUUUCCUCCAGGACUUCAUAGUAAAACAAAUAUGCUUCAACAAAAGCCUACUGCAUAUGUAAGACCAAUGGAUGGCCAAGACCAAGUACCAAAUGACUCCCCUGAAUUGAAGCCACAAACAGAAAUUGAAGAUGGAUAUAACAGCCAGCCAUUUGGAACAAUAUUGGAUGGAAAGGUCAAUGUACCAGUCAGCAAGAGCAAGUUGCCAAAGCUUAGUAUACCACAGACGAAUGAAGUCGGUCUUCCAAAUGAUCCCAGUUGUGUUGAAGAAAUCUUACGGGAAAUGACUCAUUUGUGGCCCCCACCUCUGACUGGAAUCCACACACCGUGUAAAGCAGAACAGUCCAAAUUUCCAAUUCCUAGCAAGGAGUCUCAACAUCUGACCUCAGGAUACAGCAUACAAAAACGAUGUGAAGCCACAAACAAACCUGCUGUCAAAUCUGCUGCUGUCCCACAAAAGUCCAUGCUUGAAGAUGAUCUGAAGCUCAGCAGCGACGAGGAAGACACUGAACAGGCCAGUGAAAAAACAAAGCUGAGAAGUAACCCAGUAAAUGGACUUCCUCUGCCAACAGUUCAUGGUGCAAACCUGGUAAAUUCAAGUGGGGGUUCUGGAAGUUCCAGUGAAUCUGAAACCAGCUCUGAAUCAGAUUCUGAUAGCGAGAGCAGCUCCAGUGACAGUGAAUGUAACGAAGAAAGCUAUAAUGUAAUUCCAGAGCCAGAACCACCGUCUACAAACAAAUGGCAGCUGGAUAAGUGGUUAAAUAAAGUCAAUCCACAUAAUAAAACAAUAAUCAACAACCAAAAUGAUGUGCAUUCAGAUAACAAUUCUGAGCCUCAAAAUAACCAACAGAUUGAGGAAGAAAACAAAAGAGAACUCAAUAGUGCUAGCUCUCAGUCAGACUCCCUUCCAAAAGAUAGAGAGCUCUUGAGUCCAGUUAGAGAGAAAAAUAAACCUAGGGUACCCCAAAAACCUCCAGAGUCAAAACCCUCAAAACAAAAGUCACCAGCUCAUAAUGAAACCACUCCACAAAGAGCUGUAGCUAAGAAACAACCAAAAAAGGUUGAAAGAACAUCAAGUGCCGAGGACUACUCUUGGAAUAAACCAAACCCCACCAGCAGCACUCCCAAAGAAAAAGAUGUACGAGAAAACCAAGAGCCACCAAAAGCAAGGACAAAAGCCACUGUUGCUAAAACUGCUCCAAGAAAGGAACAAAGGACUUGCACAAGUAGCGCAUCAGAGAAAAAGAAAGCAAGAGGGGCAAAUAAAAUAGUCCCCAAAUCUAGGGAAUUUAUUGAAACUGAUUCAGCAUCAGAUUCGAACACUGACCAGGAAGAAGUCCUUCAGUUCAAGGUAUCAAAGACAUGCACUGGUCCUCCAAAAACGAUUAAAUCAAAAGACUGUAGCAGCAGCAACAUUUUAAGUGUCAGCAGCCUAACCAGCAAUAGCAGCAGCAUAUCCCUUGAUCCAACACAUAAUGACCUGGAGGAACCAUUUUCUCCCCUUCCUGUGGUUCAAAAUGAACUUCUAUCACCCCUGAGGGAAUUCGAAGAGGUUAAGUCUUUAUGGGUGAAAAUAGACCUCAGUCUGCUUUCUAGAAUACCAGGUCAAGAGACUUUUGAGAAUGAGGUCUUAAAGAAUGAAAUUAGAGACCAAGGUUUCAAACACAAGCCUCAAACACCAGCCGCAUCCACUGAGAAAAGCUCCACAAAAUCCAGAAGGAAGCACAAGCAAUGUGAAAACAGUGACCUGCAAAUUGACUGCAAAAAGCAACGCCUGGAUGAACCCUUCACCCCCUGUCUACUUCCACCCUGCAUCUCUCCCAUUCCUAGUAGCAGGACGUCUUGCACUAAAGAAGCAAAAAAGACAACAAAAAAAAGAGAAGAAAAAUUGUUUCCUCCAUUAUUGUCUCCUUUGGGGGAUGAACCAGUUCGAAGGCGACACUCCAGUGAUAACAGCUCUUUUAGUCAGGACAGCAUUGUAACGGCGAUGCAUGUCCCUGUAACCUCUGCAAGACACAAGAAGAAUGGCAGCACAAUAACAAACCCUAAACUAAGCUGUGAAGAAGAUAACAGCAGACCACCGAGCAGUGUCCUUGAGAACAUUCAGCCUCAUUCAGAGCCAGAGUCAUGGUCUUCAGUACCUGCUGCUAUAGCAAAUGGAAAUGCUGAUUCCCGAAGAUCAAAGAUAACAUUUGAUGAAACAUUACAUAAUGCUGAUUAUUACAUGCAAGAAGCCAAGAGGUUAAAGCAUAAAGCAGAUGCAUUAAUAGAAAAGUUUAUCAAAGCUGUGAAUUAUGCUGACGCUGCCCUCUCUUUCAUCGAAUGUGGGAACGCUAUGGAGCGAGAUCCAUUAGAAGCAAAAUCUCCAUACACCAUGUACUCCGAAACUGUGGAACUCAUCAGGUAUGCAAUGAGGCUGAAGAAUUUCACAGGCUCAGCUGCAAAUGAAGGGGAAAAAAAGCUAGCAGUUUUAUGCUAUCGAUGUCUAUCUCUGCUCUACUUGAGAAUGUUUAAAUUAAAGAAGGACCACGCUAUGAAAUACUCCAGAUCGCUCAUGGAAUAUUUUAAGAAUUCAUCGAAGUCUUCACAGGCACCCUCUCCGUGGGGAGGCAAUGGAAAGAAUACCGAGACCCCUUCUCCAAUGUCACUGAGUCCCUCUCCCGCAAGUUCUGCUGGAAAUAACAGUGUGGUUCCGGGUUCUUCUUCUACAGGCACAGUAUCUAUCCCACAGCGAAUCCACCAUAUGGCUGCCAGUCACGUUAAUAUCACCAACAAUGUCUUGCGUAGUUAUGAACACUGGGACAUGGCAGAAAAGCUUACAAAAGAAAAUAAAGAGUUCUUUCAAGACCUUAACACAGUGAUGGAGCCCUUAACUCAACACAGUACCAUGACUGACCUGGUCCGCUAUGUUCGACAAGGACUUCACUGGCUACGCAUUGAAUUUCAAUUAUUGUAGUGUCUGCUUUACCCGCCAUCACACAUUCUCCUACAUUCUACCUCUACCAGCAAAAAAAGACUUUGGCUGGUGGAAAUCCACUCAUUACCUUGACGUCUAAUUUUUUAUAUAAUGUCUGUUGGAAGUGGAUUUUCCCUUCAUUGGAAAUUCAGAUCACAUUGUAGCAUUAACCAAUUCAGCCAUUCAUUUUCCAAAUCUUUAAUAUGCCUUUUGUCUCUUGGAUCCAUUCCUAUGUGCUUUAUGAAACGGUACAUUUUUAAAGAUAUUAUUUUUAGUCUUCACUGCCUUUACUUAAGAACAUGAUGCACUUUGUGAAGUUUUGGAACAAAACGUCUUCUUCAUUGUGAAAGUGUUUUAUGAAAACACUUUAAUUGGGAAGAAAUAUUUGAAGUAUUAUGUUUAAUGGAGCUUUGCGGCUUUCUUUGCUAAGAAAUAGAGUGGAUAUUGUUUACUCUCGGUUCUUCUGUAAGGUUUACAAAAUAAUAUAUUGAAUAAUUCUAGAGAAAAAAAAAUGAGGAAUCAGUGUUAUAGCCUGUGAUGAAGGAUUUACUCCAUCAACAUGAUCAUUUGUAAUUAACUAUAUACUAAUGAACCCCAGCAAGCCAAACGUGGCUAAAACAGCUUUACAUACUGGUAUUUCAAAUGUGUUUCUCAAGUUCUCAGUGUUGUAGGUUUGCAUGAAGAUUUUAAUUUAAGAAUUUUCCCAAAAAUAUAUUAUAGGAAAGCAAAAAGGGUUAGAUUUACCUGCAAGUACUAAACAGGCUUUGUUGACAUUAUAACAUGAUCUCAGAUUACUUAAUCCUCCUUUCCACUAUCUGUUUUUUGCAACACACAUGAACAAAUAGGAUCAAUAGACAGGUUAAACAUUAGAGAACCCUUUAAAAAAAAAAAGUUUAUUUGCGCAGGGUCACAGGUCAUGGUCAUCAUAAGCAGUACAAAGGGUGGUAUUUCAAGAAAGGGGAGGUACUUUUGGAAAGCUAUUUAAAACAUCACAUGUUAUAUGUAAAUUUAGAGGCACAAAAGUAAAAAGAAUAACUUAUCAGGCUAUAAAUAACAGAUUGAAACAACUGCUAAGGUCUUAGAACUUUUCUCCUGCCAAUAUGAGAGAGGAGGGGGGGGUUAGGUUAUCUACGAAUAACCUACCAAACUAUACAUGUCAAUAGAAUUAAUAAAGAAGUAUCAUUACAACCUCACCUAUGAAACAUCACAAUAGAGCAGACGAGGACACAUCUCUCCUCUCCCUCUUUAAGUAUGCAAAAUAUGUAAUCAUUUUGAAGAAGAAUGUAGGAGGUAUUUUUACAUUAUAUUAUACUAUGUACAUGGUUGUCAUAAUUGCAAGCAGGGGUGAAGAGAAGGGUAGGAGUGAGGUGCUGCCCCCUCCAUGUGGAUAAUGUUGGAUCUUUUCUAAUUUCUAUACUGCGUAUUAGUGUCAUAUUGCCAUGAAGAAGGAAGGGCAAUAGUUGGGAGUGAUGUCAUGCCUUGAACAAUAGCUCAAUUUUGAAUAUCAGCGGGAUGUCUAGAUCUGAGUAUAUAUAUAUAUAUAUAUAUAUAUAUAUAUAUAUAUAUAUAUAUAUCUUCAAGAUCAGUAACACAGAAAAAGUCUUGUCCAGCUCACCUGUGCUCUGCACCCAGAUCCCAGUGUAACCUCCACAGUAACACAGUAUCAAAGAAAAAAGGGUCUUGGAUCCAGCUCUUGGAUAAAAGAACUAACAAAGUUUAUUACAGCAAUAUGAAAAAUAGAUCCAUCCAGCAGUGAUAGAUGCAAAACAGUAAUGGAAAAACUGUUGCCAUAGGCACACUUUACAUGUUUCAGGCUGCAUUCGCUCUUAGUCGUGAUUGAGAUUAAUUCAAUUUCCCUUACUAUUUUGUAUAUUUCACUACUUGGUGGAUCUAUUUUUUUAUAUUGCUGCAAUACAUUUUGGAAGUUCUUUUAUCUAAGCACUAAAUCCAAGAUCUUCAAGAUCAGCAAAACCAUUGAUGGUGAUUCACCUUCCUGAGUGCAUGAACUACAGCUCAAAGAAAAACAUCCAUAUGUUUUUUAUUUAUUAUGAAGUUAGGGCCUUGAGUUUUCUCCCUUUUUUGCUGAGUCAUAGCAGAGAUGUCAUGAAAUAUUGUAAUGUUAGAGUCUGCAUAUUGAAUAGAUUUAACAUCUCUAAUUUGUCUUGGAAGAUGAGAAUGUGGAAGGCCAAUCUCUUGGAGGGCCUGUUGACUUACUGCUUGAUCUCAGUGCUCUGUGGACCCUCUCUAUUAUCAGGGUUGGGAUAUAAUCUUGUAUUAGGAAAGAGUAUCACAUUUCUUGUACGGCUUUGGUGCCCUACUUUCUGGAAUUCUGUGGAAGUGGAAAUUAAUGCAUCACCCUCUAUUUUCCUGGUCUUUCAAAGAGCGGUAGAGAGAAUUCAGAUGAGAUUGACAGGAAGCAAAACAUUUUAAAAUGGGAAAAUGGCGUUUUUCGAGUUCUCAAGAGUUUUAUCUCUAUAGCUGAUCUGAUAAAUCUCUUGUUUGAUUUCCACAAGCUCAUUUAUAGUUGGAGUAUUUGUUUUGAGGAGAAGUUGUUUAACAAAAAUUUUAGCAAAAACAACCACUGAGAAGUGUGUGGCUCAAUCGUCAUCACCUUCCCAGCCAGAGGAUUCUUGGUCAUCCACUGCUUUAUUCAGUAGGUCAGUGCAGGAAAGUUUGGGAUCUUGAGGAAUUUGUUCAUAUCAUCUUCAGCAGUCAAACUCAUGGGGGAUCCUGCACAUUAUAGAUGAUCUUCACAAAGCCUGUGCCUAAAAAUAAAAAAAUAUAUAUAUCAGUUAUCAGGAUAGGUUGCUGUGGUGAUCGAGAAAAAAUACAAGCAGGGUCCGAAAAAGUAACAGAAAGAAAAAGAAUGGUCUCCACUAAGCAUUAGAAAUGUGAUUGCAUAGUUGGUGAUUGGGAAUUGCAUAUUUCUAAAGUCACGUGUGUGCCAUUUGUGAGUGGUCCCUGUGGGAAAUGCAGAGAAGAGCAGUAGGGCAGAAGGUUCAGUACGGUGGAAGGUAGCUAUCUAAAAUAGAUAUGCUGUAUAGAGUAUGUAGCCCCUUUCUUGAAAGGUGAUGAGCAAUAAAUUUAAAUGGGACAAAAAAACGUAAGUGUAUGAUGGGAAUAAUGGGGGAGAUUUAUCAAAACCUGUUCAGGGAAAGAGUGAUGCAGUUGCCCAUAGCAACUAAUCAGAUUGUUUCUUUCAUUUUUAAUGAGGCCUGUGAAAAAUGAAAGAAGUGAUCUGAUUGUUUGCCAUGGGCAACUGCACCACCCUUCCUCUACACAGCUUUUGCUAACUCUCCUCCAAUGACUCCAAAUGUCCCAGAGCAAAUUAGGUCAGGUCUCUUGUGUUUCAUGACUAGGACCAUGGGUCUUUUACUGUUACCCUGUGCAUCGGUAAACUGUAUGGCAGAAAGUUCUCAAUAGUAUUAGCAGCUGGCUUUGUGGUGUAUGGCACUGUUGGGGUAUAGUACCAACCUACCAGGAGGAAAGGAGAUGGACUGCUUGUAAACAUUGGAAGAUGGCAUGUUGGUGCUGGCAGCACACUGAUCAGUCAGUCAUCAAUGCAGAGAAUUGGCUGCGUGACAGACAGCUUCUUCUUGAGGCUGUCAGUGUGAAGUAGGACAGCAGCCAUUGUUUAGGCAGUCCUAAGCUGAACAGUAGUGCCCCUGGGGUUGUCAAAGUGGCUGAAGACUCCCCUGUUUUCUUUGUCGGCUGCCAAUUAAAAAUGAUGCAGGCAACCUAACUGUGGUCCUAGAGAGCUGGUAAAGAUGUUAAAACUAUCUAGGGAGCAUAAGGACCCCCGAUCUGUGAAGAACCUUGCAUUUUUGGGGGUGCAGAUUAAAGAUAUGAGUGUAAUUAGUCACCGGUCUGCAGGAGCUAUAGAUGAGCACAUCUGCUCAGCUUGGCUUAUUAGAGGUCAUUUUUGACAAAUUGUGGGAUAGCGCAUAGUAUAUCUUACUUUACUUUUGAUACAUCCAAAAUCUGUUUAAAUCAGUCCUGAAAUAACCCACCAACAGAGAAUGGAGAUGUGUGGGGCAUGUAAUAAAUUACAUUACUAUGCAUAUAGAUCAAAUCAUUGCAUAAUUUUGUUUUGCACAUGAGAUUGAUUUGCUCCUAGGUAUACCUUUUGAUAUUACUGUACAGCAUUUACAGUACUUUAAAAAGUGCAAUGUCAUUUAAGUCAAUGAAGUUGUGGUAAUCGAAAUAUCUAGUUAAUAGGAUGUCUUCUUAGCAUCUAGCGAGCAGGAACAAGCAGUUCCACCAAAUCUCUGCAAUACUUUUUAUGUAUUAUGUAUUAUUCAUUUUUGCCAAAGUAAUCAUAUCAAUGUUGAAAUGUAAUGUUUUCAUUGUAUUAUAUACUACAGCAGUUGUUACUGCAGAUGCCAUAUCAUAUACCUCUUUGUUUCUGACUAAGAGUUGACCUAUGAUGAAAUAUUACAUUAACUAUUUUUAAUGGUACGGCCACACACUGCAGAAAUGUUGAUUUUUGAUCAUGGAAAUCCACAGCAUUUGCACAAUGAUUCUGCAUCAUCAACUGCACACCAAAUCGUACAGAUUUGCAAUUGCAGAUUUACUGAUGAUUGUAAUAAAAUUUGAAAUAAAAAUUACAACAUUCUUCAAAUCUGCUGUUUAUCUAUUGGCAGCCAAAUCUAAAAACACCUGUGGAUUUAUUGUGGAGGUCAACUUCUCCAAGUCAAUUUCUGUGCAGAUUUUUUUCUGCAGCUUGAGGUUUAGACUUUGGAAAUCUCAUCCACUUGGCUACAACUGUAAAUGCAAUGCAGAAAAUCUGCAGUAAAUACUGCACGUGUGGCCUGUCAACAAAGUUUUGUCAUAUAAUAAAGACAUGAUUUUAAUCCCACAUGGCUAUGGUGCCCCCUAGUGUUCCUCUGACUCCUUUUCAGAACAUCCAUAUAAUGGUUCAUUUCUGGUAAGGAGAAGUAGUUUCUAGAGAGCUGAUUCUUAUUAGUUGACCUGAACAAUGUCAGGAAUCAUUCUGUCGCCCAUGUACAGGAUCUGGGUAUUGAGACUAAAAUAUUGAGCAUGUAUAUCCACUGGUACUGAUCUUAAGAAGGGAAUCAGUUUCGGGAAUCAAAAGAACAAAAGAAUGUGCCAUAACAUGAUAUGUAGCAACAAUAUGAAAUUGAAAUGUAUUUAUUUAUUUGUUCAACAUGGAAUAUCAUAUUUUUCCAUUUUGGGUAAACCCCUUCUGAUACACAAGACAUUGAGAUACCUACAACAUAGUAUUACUCCUUGAGUUUCUAGUAAAUUAUUUAGUUUUUUUUUUUAUAUUGGCUACCUCCCAGUAGAAAGUAAAAAAUGAAGUUAUUCAAAUAAGUUAUUAAAAUUAUUCCGUACUCAUAAGUUACCUCAGUCUUCAGUUUAUAAACCAAAUAUUCUUAAUACCACACAUCAAGUUUAAAUUUAAAUGUGAUUACUCAGUGUACAUGUGUAGAUGUGUUGCUUAACAAUAAAGCACAAAAAUACAAAAUGGUGAAGGGUUAGUGUUUAGGCUAUUUUAGCCACAUUGUCAUAACACAGUAUUAUUUGCGUCUGUAAAUUCCUAAGCCAUGUCUACACAUCGAUUUUUGAUUGAUAUGUAACUUUUAUAAUUGUAGCAAUGAGGAAGUAUAUUAACUACUAAAGUUUUUAAGUUAUGUUGCCCUGGAGCAUAAAAAGCUUCUGUAGGUUUGCACUUAACACUGAUGUCAACAAAUCUAGUUACACCCUUCUCCCAGUUGGCAAAUCAGCAAUAUAGUUGGAUUUGCUCUAUACAUCUAUUUACGCAUUUAGUUGCAGUCAAGAAACUGGAAGAUUUUCAUUGAUGCCUUAAGGCAAAUCCUUCACUUUGUUAGAUUUAUGUUAAUGACUACAGGAAUGGCUUUACCAGAAUGAGCUUGAGCAUUAAGGGUUUAAUACAAGGGUGUAGAUGUUUCUCAAGACAGGUGUCUGUAAGCAAUAUAACUUUGCCUUUAAGUAUCUUAAUGGAGAACUAUCAUGCAGGACAAUGUAUCCCCUAUCCAAAGCAUAGGGGAUACAUGUCUGAUCACAGGAGGUCUGACAGCUGGGACCCACUGCGAUCUCCUGCACGGCACCCCAGCUCUCCCUGUGAUUGUAUCAAUCCCCAGAUGAAGCGGCAGCCGACAUGUAUCUCUAUGGGAUGCCAGACAUACAACGUUUGGCUAUCUCUAGCUCUCCCAUAGAGAUACAUGGUAGGGGCUUGUCUGCUGCUGCUUCAAGCCGAGGUUGACUUGCUUCCCAGGGAAAGCCUGGGUCCCAUGCAGGAGAUUGUGCAGGGUCCCAGUGGUCGGACUCCCUGUGAUCUAAAACUUAUUUCCUGUCCUUUGCAUAGGGGAUACAUUUUUCUGCAUGAUAGUUACACAUGAUAUUAGGUGUAAUUAUAGAUAUAUAACUAUAAAAUAAGAACAUCCGAUAAUAUAUUUACUAAACUUAUUGAUCAAGUUAAAUAUAUCAAUCUUAAUGUGCAAUUAUAAUCCAUUCAUAUUAUAAACCUAAAUUUUUUUGAAGACUAGUAUGGCCUCUGAAAUGAAGUUUCAAAUUCCAUAAUUCACUUAGCAGCUAUGGUUCAGUCCAUGCUCUCAACCAUAUGAAUGGACCCUUGCGGUGGACUACCUGCAAAAUAUGUUACCACUUUAAGAUAUAGUCAGCAACAAAAAGAGAAAUGUUCCACCACUGCAUAUAACAUUACAAUUAGGCUGGCUAUGCAAACUACAACCCCUGGUGAGAUAUAAAAUCCACAAUGGAAAGAAUGGAGCACUCACCAUACAAUUUUUUCUUUAAUUUUCAAUCCGAUAGAACAACAAGGAAAUUCAACAGGGUGCAUUUGUGCAGGGGGAGCGGGAUGAUACACAGGCAGAGGGAUGAUCAACAGGGCAACAAAUGUUUCACACCUUUGUACAGCCAAAUGAAGCGCCACAAAGGCAUGAAACAUUUGUUGGGCCAGAGGAAGCACCACAAAGGUGUGAAACAUUUGUUGGGCCAGAGGAAGCACCACAAAGGCAAGAAACAUUUGUUGCCCUGUUGAUCUUCCCCCGCCUCUGUGUCAUAUUGCUCCCGCUCCCCUGCACAAAUGCACCAUAUAUAUAUAUAUAUAUAUAUAUAUAUAUAUAUAUAUAUAUAUAUAUAUCCAUGUUGUCCUAUUGGAUUAAGGAUUGAAGAAAUCUUUUCCCCAUUACAAAUCCCUAUAACAAGCAUCCAUAAGUUGGCUAUGUCUAUGGAGCCUAAAAUAAGCCUGAAUCAUGCUAGAGAUAAAGAGGAAAAAAUACUCUAAGGAAAGGUUGAAAAAUAUCUAUAAUUUUCUCACCAAGAUAGGCUCCAGUCUUCAUUGUGCUUUGAAAGGAUGAGGAGAGUUGAUGCAUGUACCGUGAGUGUGAACCGAGAGAUGAUUCUGGUAAAGUAUUAUAGCUAAUUACCUGUUGCCUUUUGUUCAAUGGCUUUUCCAGCCCAAAUAAUAUAGCAGCCUGAGGUGAUAAAAUAUCCAUGUACUGGCUCGAGCAGUUCAAUUCUGUGGCGAAUGUUUGUUCCACACAGUCAAAGAAGGCAUCAGAUUGUGCUGGUGAUAAAUAUGAAUCAGUGUUACUGCUCAACUUGUACAAAUCUGGCUCUCACUUUCCACUUUAAGAGUCUUAACAGAUAGAUUAUACUAUUGACCUGUACCUAGCUACAAUAGAGUUAAGUGCAUAUCUCCUGUUGCAUUAACGGCUCCUGCGGCAACCAAAGGAAUAAUCACAGCAAUACAACAUUUGUAGAGACUGUUUCUCUAAAUUGUUAAGUACUGAAAGUGCCUGUACAUUUCAGAAUACAAUUUACCCCUGUUCUGCCUGGCAGUUUAGCCAUAUUUAUUAUUGGUGACGGUUAGGACAUUUUUCAAAAAAAUGUUAUGUUCUAAAAUGGAAAGAAAAUCCAAAUAUACUUCCUCGAGUUGUCAUUUAAAGGUCAAGUUGUUGAAAAUUCUUAAAGGGGUCCUCCGGUAGAAAACAUUUUUUUUAAAUCAUCUGGUGCUAGAAUGUUAAACAUAUUUGUAAAUGACUUCUAUUAAAAAAUCUUUACCCUUCCAGUACUUUUAAGCAGCUGUAUGCUACAGAGGAAAUAUUUUUGUCUUGUCCUCAGUGCUCUCUGCUGACACCUGAUGCCCAUUUUAGGAACUGUCCAGAGCAGCAUAGAUUUGCUAUGGGGAUGUUCUCCUGCUCCGGAAAGUUCCUGAUACAAGACAAAAAAAAAUCAAAUAAAAAAGAAAAUAAUUUCCUCUGUAGCAUACAGUUGCUAAAAAGGACUGGAAGGGUAA